CCGCCGCCAUCUUAGUCCUGAGGAGGCGGAGAGGGGCCGGUGGCACCGGGCGGCCCGUUCUCCCGCGUAAGGACGGGUCGGCUCCUCGACCCGUAGCACCAUGAGCGCUCCCGCCGCCUGCGCCAGCCUGCAGCCCCUGCUAGAAACUCUAGAGGACGCAGCCGCCCCUCCGGGGGAGCUCACCGACGCGCACCUCACCAUCGUCAAUCGCUUAACUGGUGAGGAAGGCAGAGAAUUCACUGCAGAUGUCAGAAGACACUUUCCUCAACUUUGCAAAGUGUUUAAGGUGCACAUUUCUAGUCAAAACUCGGAGCUAAGUAAUGCAGCACUACAGGCAUUAGGAUUCUGCGUUUUUAAUUCAAGUAUUACAUCUCAGUUAUCUGCAACUGAAAUACAAGACUUGCUUUCAACGGUGAACAGUGUUGCUGUAAAAACUUCAGACAAAAACACUCGCACUCGGGCACUUUGGGUGAUCUCCAAGCAGGCAUUUCCUUCUGAAAUUGUUAAAAAGGAGGUGUCCAGUAUUAUUUCCACCCUGGAAACAAUACUUACUAAAGGAGAUGUACAGUCUAUGGUGGUUGAAUAUGAGGCACUGAAUGUUAUUAUACGCUUAAUGGAGCAAACUCCAGCACAGAUGGGAGAAGAGGCUGUGAGGUGGGCAAAACUGAUCAUUCCCCUGGUCGCCCAUUCGGCUCAUAAGGUGCAGUUACGAGGUGCCACGGCUCUGGAGAUGGGCAUGCCACUGCUGCUGCAGAAACAGCCCGAGGUGGCGGCCGUCACUGAGCACCUAAUGACCACAAAAUUAAUUUCAGAACUUCAGAAAUUGAUUUCUACAAAAAAUGAGACUUACGUGUUAAAAUUAUGGCCACUGUUUGUCAAAUUACUUGGAAAGACUCUGCAUCGUAGUGGCAGUUUUAUCAACUCAUUACUGCAAUUGGAGGAACUUGGAUUUCGUAGUGGCUCACCAGUGGUAAAGAAAAUAGCCUUCAUUGCAUGGAAGAGUCUAAUAGAUAAUUUUGCUCUGAAUCCAGAUAUAUUGUGCAGUGCUAAGAGGCUGAAACUGCUAAUGCAGCCACUGAGCUCGAUCCAUGUGAGAACAGAGGCUUUGGCACUGACAAAACUGGAGGUCUGGUGGUAUUUACUUGUGCGCCUGGGACCUCAGCUGCCUGCAAACUUUGAACAGGUUUGCGUACCAUUAAUCCAAAGUACUUUAAGUCUGGAUUCUUCUGCUGCAUUGCAAGGAACUCCCUCGCGUGUAGCAGCCAACCAAAGUUUAGCCUCUGCAACCCCUGCACAGAAGUCAGGUCCUUACCCCUUUGCCAGUCCAGUCACACCAAGGAUGAACUUGAAUUCUAGUACAGCAGGAAUGGUGGUGAUUCCUUCCAUUCAGCUUUUGGGAAUUGAAAUGCUGCUUCACUUCUUGAUGGGACCAGAAGUUUUAGAUUUUGCUAAGCAAAACAAACUUGUACUUAGUUUAGAGCCUCUCCAGCACCCGCUGAUCGGUAGCCCUUCUUUUUUUUGUAAGCAUGCCAGCACGUUUAUAAAUGCAGUUCAGGAUGGCUUUAUUGCAAUUGGAAAAGAAGUUUCUGAUUGUAUGCUGAAUGUUAUAUGGAAGGACAUAAAUGGAUACGUAAAAACAGCUAUUGAAUCAGGAAAUAAAAAAGAAAAGCAAGGGUCGGAAAUACUGACUAUGCUGCUUCAGGCCUUAAAAAACACUGUUAGAUCAAAUUCCCUCCCUGUGCAGAAAAUACUGUCCCUCAUUGAUAUUACUGUUAAGGAAUUACCUCCAAAAGUAUUGGGGUCACCAGCUUAUCAGAUUGCUGAUAUGGAUCUUUUAAAUGGUACACCAGCUUUGUUCUUAAUUCAGCUGCCUUUCCAUAAUGACCUCUUGGAAUGCUGUGUAACGGAUGAGAGAUUCUACGUAAUUCUAGAAACACUUGUGAGUUAUGUUUUGUCUGGGCCUACAUCUCCACUGGCUUUCAGCGAAUCUGUGAUCUGCAUUAUUAAUCAGAGUGCAAAGCAAGUGAAAAAUAAGGAGCAUCUUUGGAGAAUGUGGAGUAUUGUUGUUAAUCCGCUAACCGAGUGGAUUAAUCGGACUAAUGAAGUAAAUCAGGGUGAUGCACUGGAACACAACUUCAGUGCUGUUUAUAGUGCAUUGUUGCUACCAGUGUCGCACAUCUUCCCCAUUCAGGAAUUUCCACAGCCAACUAUGAAAUCCUUGUUGCGCACUUGGUCAGACCUGUAUAGAGCAUUUGCUCGCUGUGCUGCUUUAGUUGCAACAGCAGAAGAAAACCUAUGCUGUGAAGAACUUUGUGCCAAAAUAAUAUCUGGGCUAGAAGGUGAAACUCCAGUAGUAUUUUCAAUGAUGGAUGGUCUUACCCAUAUUCUGUCAGUUAUGGUUGACUGCAUCAACUUUGCACCGUAUGGUACUAAAUAUCAGCCAAAACAUAGAUCUCCACAGACACCUACAGAUUGGUCUAAGAAGAAAAAGGAACCCCUUGGAAAGCUUGCCCCUCUAUUUAAACUCCUGGUGAUGUUACUAAACUCUUUCCAUGUGUUCAGUUCCAAAGAAAUCUGUUCAGAAACAUUGGUCUCUGUUGGUCCUUCAAUUCUUGCUAUUCUUCACAACAUCAUCAGCCACGUUUCAUUGCCUUCAGUGAUUGGGACUAUGUUUGCAAUUUUUUCAAAACCUCUGGCAGUGUUUUAUGAAAAAACAAAGCUUGCUGGUGUAUCUAAAGUAUACAGUAAUCUUAACAACAAGCUUGAAAAGCUACUGGCUGAGAUUAUCCUGUGUUUGCAGUCUCACUGCACUGGCUCUUACGACAGCGAGCUGCUGGAGCAGCUUUCCCCGUUGCUCUGUGUAGUGUUUCAGCAUAAGGGCAAACAGAUCCGCAACCAGUGUGCCCACUUCUGGAAUGCAACGUUUGCAAAGACUGCGUCGUUGACGUAUCCUGAAGAGUUAAAAUCUGUGUUAAGCCAAGCCAAAAAGAAGAUGCCACUCUUGCUGCCUGGUUUUGAAAGCGUUGAGAUAGCUGAAGACUAUAGCGGCCCCUUCUCCGACAUGGUGGAAAAUUCACAGCUGGAUGCAAAGAUAAGUGGAAUGGAUGUAAGGUUGGGUCAAAAAAGAGACUUUACAUUGGCACAAGCAAGUGAACUAAAAAAUGAAGUAAAAGAGAAGCCCAGUGAUGUGCACAUAACACCCGCAAAGCUGAAACUAGAAUUUUCAUCUUCGAAGACUAAAAGUGAGGUACUUUUGGAAGAGGAGAAAUCUGUUGAUUUUGUGUUUAUUCCUCCAGAAACAAAAACAAGAAUAUUGACAGAACAUCAGAAAGAAGUGUUUAGGUCAAAGAGAGUUGGCAUUCCUGCAAUGUACAACAAUUUGGACACAUCGCAAGAUACUCCCUUAUUUUCUCAAUAUGCUCAAAGUCAGGAAGAUUCUUUGGAAAAGUCGUCUUCAAUAGAAGAUGCAAAAGAAGAUACUAAAAACACACCUCAGGAAGAAAAUGCAGGGAGUGAAGGAUGCACCAACAAAUCAGAUGAAAUCACGGAGGACUGCAGAUCAGAUACCUCUCUUGAGAACGCUGCCUGUGUGAAAAAGUCUUCUGUUCCUCGCGUGGAGGAGAGCUCAACCUCAAACAGCGAGGGAGGAUCGAGAAGGGAUACAGCCGAAAUGAAUCCGGAGGAGCCGUCAGCUGGAGAGGGAUUAGAACAAAGCAUCGUGGAAACAGCUUCAAAGGGGUCUUUAGAGAACAAAACCGCUUCAUAUGUCAGCAAUAGUUCAAGUGACAUAAUUUCUGGAACACCGCAGCCUGCAAGCCGACGGCAGUCUUUUAUUACUUUGGAGAAAUUUGAUAGUUCAGGGAACAGACCCGUCAGCGUUUCAGCAUUAAACAGCUCAUCGGAGAUGGCUGCAGGUGCUCCUGGGGCAGAGAAAUGCAAGAAUGCAAAGGUGGGCAGGACUAGUUCUAAGCCACAGAAGUCUGGAGAAGAAAAUAAAAAGCCUUCCAAACCUGAGUCUGAACAGAUCUUUACUGCAAUACGAAGGCUAACUCGCAGGCAGAGUAAAAUGGAGCACCAAGGAAAUAAUCAGUCCAAGUCGUUAACAAGGUCGGAACAAGAGAAGAGCACACAGGAGUCUCUUGCUUCCUACAGUAUGGAAAAUGUUUCUGAACUAUGUUCUACAGUACAAGACGUGGGACACAUCAUCUUUGCUCAGUCCCAAGCUCUGCAUUCUACAGAAACAGAAAUUAAAAAAAUUGAGGGUACGAUAGCAGAAAUAGAAGGGGUCCAGACACUGGACAUGGAUUCUAAAGAAAAUACACCCCCGGAGACAACAGUGUCAUCUGACCAGGUAACAGGAGAUGACAGUCAGGUUCCACAUGUGUCUUCUAACCAAAAAAUACUAAGACGUUCUUCAAGACGACGAUCAGAAACUGUAGAAGGUACAGCAGGUAGUCAAGAUAAGGAAGAUAGCCACCAGAAGCGAGACAGACGUAAAGACGAUGAAAAAUCUGGGCAAAAGAAGGUGCUGCAGACUAAAGAUGAUCUAUCCCAAAAGCAGGAACCGGCUUCUGGAAAAACUGCAGAAAAUACAAAUAAAAAAGAAAGCAACCUACCCGAGAGCGCUGCUGCAGAGGACUUGAGCUCAAAGGAGUCUCCUGCUUCAAGGGGCCUUGAUGAGGAAGUGAACAAAAGCGGGAGGAAGUCAGAAGAUAGCUUGAAGGCUGACCCGGAAGGUCAAGACUCUAGCUCGAGUGCAGUAGGUCAGAAGAUUGAACGCCCACGAUACCAAACGAGAAGAGCUUUGCAAGGAUUGCUGUCCAGCAUAGAAAAUUCAGAGGCUGAUGGCUCUGAGACCAAGGAGCAAAGCACAAGGAAGAAAAAAUCUGCAAAACCGAAAACCAGAAGCGAUUCUCUUGAAGCUAAAGCGAAAGAUCUCCAGGCAGGAAGCUGCAGCCAGGAGGUGUCUUCGCAAGGAAACGAAACAAAGAAUCUGAUGGAAACAAAUCCAGGGGAACUGAGCUGUGAGGUCAGCGCAGAUGCUGCCCUGGCAUCUGAACCCUGUGGCCAGGCAAUUCCCACAGAUGCUAGCAAAGCUCUGGGGUCCGCCGGCUCAAAGAAGUCACCCGACGCACAGGACACAAAUGCAGAACAAAACAAGAGCGAUGCACCGACGGAAUCCUUCACCAGCCCAUGUGCGUCUGAAAAUUCGAAAGCAGCAGAGGAAAAUAAACACCUUGAAAAGCAAUCACACCCAGCAAACCGUUGUUCAAAUAUCGUGCCUGAACGCGUCCCAGAAGCAAAUGCUUCUGGUGGUGAUCCUUCCUCUUUGCAAACACCUGAGUGUCAGCACAAAAGAAGCAAAAGGCUGAAAAGAGCAAGGAUCUGUGAUUGUUAUUGCAGAGGUUCAAAGCUGCAAGUAACAUCACUCACUGAGUCAAAAACUGAGAACACUCAAGAAGUGAACGAGCCCCAAACCACCUCAGUUCAGGUAUCUGUGAAUACAUCCGAGGUGUCUGAUAAUUCAAAUUUUGACGAGAGCUUGCCCGCGGCACCGUGUGCAAUGAGCACGCCGUUGCACCCUCCUGAGGAACCCGAUGCAUUUAACUCGGAACGAGAGGGAAGACCUGAGGAUAACCUGGAAGGCAGUAGUGUUGUAGUGGAGGAGGAUCUAGAGAAUCCGGAGCGUGUAGCAGGUGAAGUUACGGGCUGCGUAGCGGAAAUAAAAGAGCCUGCUGAUCCGAAUGACGGAACGGAACAGCGUCUGUCUGAGUGUGUUCCAGAUGAGGCUGGCGAGGGUGAGCUGGCUGAAGGGCAGCGGAGCGGAGAGCCAGCAGCUACAGGAGAGGAAGGAGUCAGUCAGAACGGGCAGCUGGAGGAGAACGCCGAGGCGCUGAGCGGUGGGAGCGAACCCCAGGAAAAGCAGAUGGAUGAGCUAGAAGGCAGUCAGGAUGGUAAAGAAACAGCUGAGAACACUGUAGGAGAAACUUGCGUUAUUCAGGAUAAAGAGAUGAAGGAGGAAUCGGUGGAAAGUGAAACUAAAGGGCCUGAAAAUGUGGCCUUGGACAAAGCAGAUGCGGUAGAAAAUAACAGUGUGGAAUCGCCCCAGAAGCCGGAAGGUGGUGAUGCUUUAGUGUUAGUUAAUGAAAGCCCUAAUGGCAUGCAGGUACGCUGCACGUGGUCUCCUUCAGCUUCUCCAUCCACCAGCAUUUUAAAGAGAGGUGUAAAAAGAAUGCAAGAGGAUGAUUCCCUGUCACCAGCUAAUAAGAUUCGUCGAGUCUCUUUUGCAAAUCCAAUUUAUCAAGAAGGACUGGCGGAUGACAUAGAUAGGAGAAGUCCUGUCAUUAGAUCCCAUUCAUCACCAUCUUCCCGAAGUCUUAAAAUUUUAUCUAAUAUUCAGUCUAAGCAUAUUACCACUCCAACCAAAGGAUUUCUGUCCCCAGGAUCUCGUAACGCUAAAUUUAAGAGCUCAAAGAAGUGUUUAAUUACAGAAAUGGCUAAGGAAUUGCUGCCGUGCCCUGCAGAAUGCGUGUACCCGGCCUUGGUCGGCUGCAAAGCACCGGUUGAUGUCAUUUUACCUCAGAUUACAUCAAACAUAUGCGCCAGGGGCUUGGGGCAGCUCAUUCGAGCGAAGAACAUCAAGACAGUGGGUGAUCUCAGUACUUUGACAGCAUCAGAAAUCAAAACUCUUCCCAUCCGCUCUCCGAAAGUUUCCAAUGUUAAAAAAGCUCUUAAAGGAUAUCACGAGCAUCAGGUAAAAUCUCGAGGAUUUGAGGAAAUAGCAGCGCUGGAAGAUGCAGAAAAGUCUGUAAAUAAUAUAGAGGAAAAACCUCUUGCUGUAGAUGAAGAAAAACUUGCAACAGAUUUGACUGAACCAGUUGGCCUGAACACAAGCGACCAGCCCCCGGCAGAUCUCCUGACUCAGAUCGAUGCGCUGGCUGCUCAGCUGACCUCUGAGGAUCUUCAUGGCUAUUCGGGAAGCCAACUUUUUGAGAUGCAGGAAAAACUUAUCGGCAUGACAAACUGUAUCAUGAAAAACCUGCAGUCCCGCUGGAAAUCGCCACCCCAUGAAAGUUCUGAUUAGUUGCUUCUUAUUUCAAAGUAAGGAGGAUUUUGUUUGUUUCCCCAGAACCUGCUUUUCUUACUGGUGAAUUAUUCCUUAAACUGUGCAUUUUUGUACUAUAGAAGAUUUUUAAACACCUAUAUGAACAAAAUGUAUUGUGGUUUGUUCUCUUUUUUUUUUUUUUUUUUUCCCUUGGGUUUUUUAUUUUUUGUUCUAAUUUGUGGGAUUGCUUAUUCCCUAUUUAGAGGUAUUUGUAUUGUAUUGCUAUGCAUAUUUCUUUCAGGUAGUGAAAGAAAACUUGAUAAAGUUGUGCAAUAGCAAAGACUGUGAAACCAAACCAGCAGAGUAAAUUAUUUUUUCAAAUCCGAAGUGUUCUUAGUGCUGCAAACUCUUUUAUUACUUGGCGAGAGAUUGGUCUAACAGCUCUGCUCAUCUGCUGCCCCUGUUUGUUUCUUUUUAAGCUGCUGACACUGAUGGACAGUGGCUUUUCAGCACUGUUUUAUACUGAGAUAAGCUGUGCUUAAUUCCUUGCAGCAGCAACAGUCCAGGACCCUGGUAUUUGACAAGUGGAUGGCAUCUAUUUUUGCAUGUAUUUUUGUAAGAAUCACACUAAGAAGCUGAUACAGAAAUGUACCCUGACAGGUGAAAGACUCUGCAAAACUUCUCAGGCUCUUUCCCACGUUCUUUGUUUGCAGCAGUUUCUCCUGGGGAGAAGAUUUUUUUCCUUGGGGAAAUGAAUGGAUUUGGCAAGAGCUCUUUGUAUAUUAUGUACAGACUUAUCAUGGCAAAUGUUGGUUAAUAAUUUAUGAUGGAGUUUUACUUGUAUGGAAUGUGCUGCUGCUUCUUAGAGACCUUCAGAGAGAAGACAUGGGUUUUACUCUGAAAAUCUAAUCUGUAUAUAUUGUACUGUAGUUAUCAAAAUGGACACUUACUGAAAAGAACUGCUGCAGAUGGUUUUUAGAAGUUAAACAGGGGCAAAUAAAACAGGAAAUAGUUCCCAAACUUGUGAAUGUUA